UAAUUGUCAUUAUAGUGGAUCUCGUAUAGUUAGCUUCUUAUUGAUUAAGUGGUUGUAUAAGGUAAACAAUUUCUUAAAGGCUCGUCAGUCGUACAGAAUCUACAAGACUGUCCAGUUGAAUCCUCACCGUCCCCGUCAUCCACAGUUAAAUCAUACCGGCGAAAUCAGAGUCCUCGCUAAGAAAUUAUUCUAAUCUCCUUGAUGCAUUAUUGGAGUUAAUUAUUGGAUGAAAUUUUCGCCGGCGAGAUAGGCGCGAGAAGAGAUGACAGUGGACUGGACUCAGCUCCCUCCUGAACUCAUAGAGACAAUCUCCAAAAGCAUCACCGUUUAUGCCGAUUACCUCCACUCUCGAGCUGUAUGUCGCACUUGGCGAUCCUCCAUUCCCAAAAACCCCUACCACCUCCCUCCUCAGCUACCAUGGCUCAUGCUCCCUCAAUCCCAAUACAACCAAUCUCACCGCGCCUUCUUCAACCUCUCCACCAACAAAUUUCACUUCCUCAAUCUCCCUGAGGCCUCCCAUCGCAAUCGCCACUGCGGCUCCUCUCACGGCUGGCUCAUAAUCCUCGAUGACAGCCCAUUAGUUCUUCUCAUAAACCCCCUCACGAGGGCCAAGUUCUCUUUGCCUCCACUCACGAGUUUCCCUAAUGUUGUUAGCUUCAAUUACUCCGAUAUCGGUCGAGAAUACGCGCUUCAAAACUCGUCGGGCGAUCGUUAUACGCGUAGCUUGAGGCAAAUGCGAGAUUGGUUCAUCAAGAAAGUCGUUUUAUCAUCCAGUCCAUUGAAGGCGAGCAAUUUCGUAGCCAUGACGAUUCUUAAUCAAACAGGUGAUUUGGCUUAUUGUAGAAAUGGAAACCAAUCCUGGACCAUCAUAGAAAAUGCACGCUCUUUUUGCGAAGAUGUUGUAUGCUUUAAUGGAUUCUUUUACGCGGUCAAUAAGUCUGGUCAAAUUGCUAUUUGCGAUGUCACCAGCGAUUCACCUGAGGUUUCGUUUAUCGAAACGCCAAGGCAAGCUGGUGGUGAUAUGCAGUAUUUGGUUAGUUCAGCAGAUGAAUUGUUAUUGGUCACCAGGUAUUUGGAUCUUGAAUUCGAAGUUGAUCAUCCUGAUAGGCAACAAUAUAUAAUGUAUAGAACGAUUCGAUUUGAAGUUUUUAGGCUUGACUGGAGUGGACCUCGGUGGGUGAGGGUUAGAAGCUUGGGUGAUAAGGUGUUGUUCAUUGGUGAAAAUACCUCAUUAUCGUUGUCAGCUACAGAUUUCUCUGGUUGCAUGGGAAAUUGCAUAUAUUACACUGAUGAUUAUUCUGACACUAAUUAUGAUGGCCAUUUUGGAGAACAUGAUUUGGGCAUUUUCAAGUUAUUGGAUGGAAGCAUUGAGCCUUUACCUUGUUAUCCGCGGAAUUUUCAUUCUCGAUUACGAUGGCCUCCACCGCUUUGGGUUUCUCCAAAUCCAUGCUAAUUCCAAGAUUGUUGGAUGUAAGUGCAGGUAAGAACCUAUGAUGGUACACGAUAAUACAAGGGAUUCUAGCUGGACAUAUUCUUCGAAGCAUUUGGCGAUUUAGGUUACAGAUAUAGAACUGGAGUUUGUGAAAAGGGGAUCGAAAUCGUGUUCCAAAUGAAGUUAUGAGUUAACUGCAAUGAACAGUUUGCUUGUGCCUGAAUGUUUUCUGAUGUGAAAAUGAGUUUUGUAUUAUCAGUUGCCUUUGAAAGAUUGGAAAUUAGGACUGUUUAAGUAUGCCUGUCUGCAUCCUGUUGACAAGGUAUAGUUUUUCAACAACAGCAACAAAUUUGAGAAUUAGCUCGAUA